AACAUAUUCUAGAUUGCACCUUGUAAAAUAUCAUAUCAUUUUAGUUUUUGCACGCAUGUGUGUGUAUCAACUGUAAAAGUUGACUUGUGGUUGGCUAUUAAUCAACAUGUCUAUCAGUAUCUCUUCUUAGGUGCUUUUUUUUGUUUUUUAUUUUUUUAUUUUUUUAUUUGAACUAGUGUAUGUGCUCAUCUCAAGUAAUCCUCAUAUAGUUUGAUGCUCCUAUGUCUUCAGAUAGCUCCAAUUUAUUUGGCAUCAUGCAUAAAGCAGGGAAUGGGUUUGCUAGAGAUUUUAUUGAGCAAGCAACCUGUUCAAAAUAAUCAAGUACUACUUAAGAUUAUAGAGAUAUGCCGUCUGUAUGAACUUGACAGUGUUAGUUCAAACAUUAUGAAGGUUUCGAUUACAAUGAAUAGUGCUUCAAAGGAGAAAACACAAGUAAGGAUCUCUUAGUUAUAUCCAUAAAUUUGAUUGCUA